CAACAUGACACACACACACACACACACACACACACACACUGCACGAGUAAUUCUGGACUGAGGUCGAAGAGAUUGAUUUGAGCUUGUGCAAAGGGACUUUCCAGCAAGUGUACAGUAUGUGUGAAGAGCAUGUAAUGGACAAGGUGACAUCACUUAAGGACACUGAGCACAUACAAAGCAAACAGUCCUCGAGUAGCACUGUGCUGUGUGCCAACGAGUCCAAGCACUGCAAGUUAAGCCAGAUGGCUGUACCUUGUUGCCCUAUGGUGGGAGGGGCAAGGACCUCACAGCAGAUUUUGGCCAUGCAGCCCUCAGACUUGGAUAAGAAGAGAGAUGCCUUUCUGGAGCACCUUAAGCAGAAGUACCCACACCAUGCUUCAGUCAUUAUUAGCCACCAGGAGAGACUUCGAGAGCAGUGUUUGCAGGGGAUGUUGUCUUCUCUACAGUGUGAAGUUAACAUUCAGAGAUAUCUUCUAAAAAUUGAGUCACUCCAUCAAUCCACAAACCGGAGUGCCAGGGCAGGGGUGGCGUGCUCAAGUCUGGUACCAGUGUUCAGUGAUCAGCCAGACCUCAGCUUGCUGGUGUCUCUGGACAAUUUAGCGGUCAUGUCAGAGUGUGAAGUGCCUUUUGCCUUUACCCGUGGCUCCCGCUCCCGGGCCAGCCUACCUGUGGUGCGCUCUGCUAACCAGACCAAGGACCGCUCACUUGGUGUGCUGUACCUGCAGUAUGGUGAUGACACAAAGCAAAUCCGGAUGCCCAAUGAGAUCACAACAGUAGACACAGUGCAAGCGUUGUUCGUCAGUGCGUUUCCACAGCAGCUCAGCAUGAAAAUGCUCGAGUCGCCUAGCACAGCCAUUUACGUCAAAGAUGACAUCAGAAACAUGUACUAUGAACUGAUGGAUGUCAGGAGCAUCACAGAUCAGUCGUGUUUAAAGGUUUACCACAAGGACACAGCACAUGCCUUCAGCCAUGCAACACGGCCCAGCAGUGGAGACUCCAGGAUGAACAGGGAGGUGAUGUACACAAGUCGAGAUGCUCCUCUGAUGCGUCAGACAAGUAACAGUCCGUCUAUGCCCUCUAGUCCCCAUUCAAUAACGUCUUUGCCUUCACGGAUCCCUUUUGGCCCCCGCUCAUCUGGAGGAGGAGCCACCAUGCCUCGUGAGAGACCAGGCCACCCACUGGCCACACCCACACGCUCAGCUUCACCAUGCUCCAGUGCCAUCCUUGAACGGCGUGAUGUCAAGCCAGAUGAAGAUGUCUCUGCUAAAAGCAUGGGGAGGGGUGGAGAGGGAAUGUACAACGAUACCUUUCUGAUACAUCAUCAUGCUCCACUCUCAGAAACACUGGACCAAGGCUACCAUCGUGGUUCUCUCCGUGCUUAUGGUGUUCCUGCAAUGACUAUGGAGCCGACAGAGCACCACUCAGUGUUUCGUCAGAAAAGCUGGAAAACUCCACCCCCAUCACCACACAGAAUGGGUGAGAUGAGAAUAAUUGACAUCCAGGCAAGCCAGUCUCAAGGAACUCUGGGUCUUGAAAGAUCUUCACCAGUGAGACAAUCGUUGAGAAAGGAAGGGCCUACUGUUGAUAAGGGCAAGAAUGCACUGGGGUCUCCAGUAACCUCUGAUCAUGGUCAUGGUCCUUUGGCACCGCCCAGUGAACCUCCAACACAACAGAGAAUGAGAGCUAUGGAGGAGCAGAUAGCCAGUCUGAGUGGCCUUGUGCAUCAUGCAUUACUAAUGGAUUCCAGCAUUAAAAGAAGUGACAGGGAGCAUGUCAGUGAUCAAUCCAUGAAGUCGGGAUCACCUAUUUACAUCACAUCUAGAGCAGGAGGUUCUUCUCCAGUGCUUGGAACCAAAGUUACACCAGAGAGUAACUUCGUCACAACUCAUUCUAUUAGUACCAUCCCUCUCGAGGUGAACCUCCUACAUUUCAGGAAGAACGUCUCUGGAUUACGCAUUCAGUUACAACAGCUAAGACAACUCCAGUUGCAGAAUCAGGAGUGUAUGCGUGCUCAGAUUAAAAAGGUGGAGCAUGAGAUCAGUGCAAGGCUGGCUGAAGCGUUGAGACUACAAGAGGAUUCUGCACAAAGGCAACGAGCUCUGGUGGAGGAAGAGAGACACAAAUAUCUCAGCAUGGAAGAAACAGUUCUGUCUCAGUUAAGGGAUCUGGAGCAAUAUGUCAAGUCUGUGAGAAGGGACUCAAACUCAGCCACAGCUUUGAAACCAAUCACAAUGAAGGAAGUAGAAGAAGGAGCAGUGGGCCUGAGGAAGGUUGGGGAAAGUCUGGCAGUACUCAAAGGAGAGUUCCCAGCAUUGCAAGGGCGAAUGCGGGCUGUGCUCCGAGUGGAGGUGGAAGCUGUGAAGUUUCUCAAAGAGGAACCACAUAAACUGGACAGCAUGCUGAGAAGAGUCAAAUCACUCACUGAAACUCUGAGCACUUUGAGAAGGUGUGCCACAGAGGGUUUACUGAAAUCUUCUGAUGUUGUGGAUGAGACAGAGCCAACAUCUCCUGAUAAUAUCCACAGUACAGUCACUCAGCUCGAGCCUCAAAAAUUUUCUAUGAGUUCAGAGAUUGCUAACUCCCAGCCUUUGCUACCGCCCUGUACCAGCUCUUUCUCACUCACUCCGGAGUUGCCUACAAAGUCGAUCAGCAAGACAAGCCAUGUUGAGAUAUGCAGCUCAGCUCUGCCAGAACUCACAACAUCAUUGAGCAGCAGCAGUGAAGUGGCUCUUAGCACUGCUCGCUGUAAUGGAUCUUCCAUGAGUGGAGCUUCGAGCCUAUUUAUUGAGGAGAUUAUCAGUCAAAGCAAGGGCAAAAACAGAGCCCCGUCUAUUGCAGCAGCUGAAAAAGAAUGGGAAGAAAAGAGACAAAAUAUGCAUCAUUAUGAUGGGUUUGAGUUUGAAAAGAUGCUGCAGGAAGCAGAAGCCAAUAUGCUGAAAGGAACACCAAGUGUUGAUGUUGAGGAUAGCAUUAUGCCAAGCCCUGCUGCAGCCCCACCUUGUGCUACAGAGGACCGAGUGGAGCAACCCAAGCCUUCUGCACCCUCAGUAAAAGAGGACAAGCAGCCUGACAUGCCCAGUUCUCAGAAGUCUACUAAAACUGAUAAAGCUCUAAAACCCAAGCUUGAAAAGGCACCUAAAGCAGCAGCAGUGUUGAGUAAACCUGUAAAACCCAACCUGUCAGUAAAAACAAGUUCGGAUAGAGAAGCAAAGUCUCAGGACAAAACCAGCAAAACAAGUCAGAGCUCAGAGAAGGCCAACAAAUCUCCGCCUCCACCUCCCCCACGCAGGAACUACAUCAACAGCAUGGGAGUCGCCACCACCCGCUCAGGAGAGGUCGUAUACACCUGCAAGAAGGAGUCUGGAUCUGCACAGGAGGGUGAAUUUGAGACUCCAGUGCAGACACCUCAGAACAAACCAAAGGGCUCUCCAGAGGUGAUGCCCAAGCUUGGCACUCCUCUUCCUGUUACAGCUCCUGCCAUUCUGGAAGAGGAGGAUGAUGGGGAGAAGAUCAUGGCAGAACUGCAGGUUUUCCAGAAGUGUUUGGUUAAGGACAUAAAGCUCAAAGGUUUGGUAGAGCCACAGAUCAAAGAGCUAAGAUCUGGGGCCUUACUGUCCCUCAAAGAUAAGAAGCAGAGUACAGACAUCCAGGAGAAAAACGAUAUGGUCAUGGAUGAAAAUGGCAACAACACAGCACGUCAAAAUACGGGGGUCAUCUAUUACCUCACAGCACAGAUCGCCAAGGAGCCUCAAGAAGAGUCAACUGACAACAUAGCAGCAUCCCUCGCAUCUCCAUCCCAGGUGUCACAUGUCAAUACCUAUGAGAAAUCCCAAAACAAGCUGCUGUUAUCCUCAGAUGCUGCAUCCAGUAUUCCAAGCCAUGGCCUAGACAACAAUUUAAGCCUUACUAAUGACCUACCAUAUAAACUGACUUGUUCAAGUCCAGUGGAGACAGAGGAACAAGGCCCAGGCAGCCCUACACAGGGCAAAGUCCAUGUGGUUAAGGUUCCACAGGUACAACUUAGCAUAGAGGAGACAGUGGAGUCUCCAACAGCAAUUUGUACACCCAUCUUACUGGGUGGCCCUGAUCUCAUUUACACCAAGGUGCCUGAAAACCAUGGGGAGUUGUGCUCAGCAAAUCAGCAGCAGGUAAUAAGUUUUCCCAAGUCUAGGAGGAUGAAGUAUGAAGAAGUAGAAGAUGAAAAUGAGACAUUCCUCAGCCCUGACUUGCCAGGGGAAGAACCUCCUCCUCCGCCACCAGAUAAUAUUGCUUUCAUGAUUACCAACACCAAAGUGCAGGCUUUGACAACUGGAGAGUACCAAGAGCUUGUAAAUGCUAAAAGAGGAAAUGUGCAAACUGUGACUGUAGGUGCCAAACCACAGACUAAAUGUGGCUCUGACUUUUCCACUCUAACUUGUAGCAAUGGUUCUGCUGAUGCUGGAAAUAGUGAAUUCAGCAAAAAGCCUGUCAUUAUAAUUUUUGAUGAACCAAUGGAUAUACGUUCAGCCUACAAACGUCUCUCCACCAUUUUUGAGUGUGAAGAUGAGCUGGAAAGAAUGUUGGCUGAAGAAAGGAUAGAGGAAGAAAUUGAGGAAACCGAGGAUGAUGAUAAAAGAAACGGGGGUUUACAGGUCACACAUCAUGGAGAUAAGAUGAGUUUUGUGAAUGCCCAAAUUGGAUCAAACCCUGUUUUGUCUUCAUCAUUGUUAUCCGAUGAGGGGACUGUAACACCUGCUACUAGUGAGGCCAAACAGGAUGUUAAAAAGAAGUUCAAGUUUAAGUUCCCUAAAAAGCAAUUGGCAGCUUUAACACAGGCCAUCCGCACUGGUACUAAGACAGGCAAGAAAACCUUACAAGUUGUGGUGUAUGAAGAUGAUGAGGAAUCAGAUGGUACUAUUAAACAUAAAGAGACCAAGAGAUUUGAAAUUUCUUGCUCCAAACAAAAUAACCCAAAAUUAGAAGCUGUUGCCCAGGAACCACAGGGAAGGACAGAAGAAAUCCGAAAGAGCACUUACAAGACACUUGAUAGCCUUGAACAGACGAUAAAACAGCUUGAGACUACAAUCAGUGAAAUGGGGCCACGGUCUUCUGAGGACCUACAGCCCACUGAAUACUCUAAACCUCAUGGCAUCCAGGGUGCAGAGACUUUACCCAAAAUAGUUCCACAGAAACCUUUAGUCACCAAAACUUCAAACUCCAGCAAGCGCCCUAGCCUUCGGAAGAAGCCAAAACCACAGCUUCUUCCUCGGCCUGCUGUGAUCACACCAGCUCCACCUCAACAGAAUGUCAGCGUGUCCCUUCCUACUAGUCGGAUGCCAAUGCCCAUGUCUGUGAAGGCCAAGCAGCAGCCGGGCACGUCAGACAGAGAAAGGGCUGCAAAGCAAUUAAAGAUGCAAGACUCACAGAGGCAGUUUCGCCAGGCUAACGGAAGUGCUAAAAGAGCUGGAGGAGAUCCCAAAUCUACUUCUCCUACAAUACCUGUCUCUAAAAUCCCUGCUUUUUCUUCUAGUGCAGGAAAAGCUGCUUCUCAGCCUGAUGCUACUAACCCUGUUAACCACUCUGCUGUAUCCUCCUCCUCCUCCAAGUCUUCUAUCCUCAACCAUCGCUCAAUCCCCAACUCGUCCUCUCAUAUUCCCUCCAUUUCGAAUGGAUCUCUUAAGCAUGCACAGUCCACUCACAGCACUAAAAGCCUGUCCUUGUCCACACAGAACCAAAAUGGACGAUAUUCCUCCUCUUCCUCUUCUCCCUCUCCUCUGUCCCCCACCAUGUUGUCACAGGUUUCAAAGAGUAUUCGAACCAUUCACACCCCCAGCUUCACCAGUUACAGUCGGCCACACAAUGCGAGUGCUGGGAAAUCUGCAAUCCCCACAGCAUCAAGCACCAAGGAUGCCUCGUAGAAUGUUCAGCUGCUCUGUCACCAGUGGCUUUUGUCCUAAUGAGGUAGUGAUGCUCUUAAUUUGCUCAGAAACAGUAUACUUUUUAUUGUGUUUGUCUGAUUAUCUUGCAGUUCCAACUCUGUUUACCUUCAAGCAUGUUCAAAGUAGGUCGAAUAUUUUGGGGGAGAUUUUUCUUUAACACUUAUGUCUUCUCUGAUACAGAGAAGACAUAAGUGUAAAAUUAUAAUAGAAAUAUAUUAGAAAUAUAUUUCUUUCUUUCUUUCUUUUUUUUCUUUGCAUCCUUACAUUAUUCUAAAUAUUUGAAGCUUGAAUUUUCUAGUAGUCAUGGCAACAGAAUACUUAAAUUCUCAUAAGUGACUGCUUAAUAAGUGUUCAUAAAUAAAUACAAGAUAAAACUGGAUGUUCAUAUAAUAUUUUAAUGUUUUUCUUCUUACCUUGACAGAUGUUCGCCCGCAAUAGUGUUUUUUUUUUUCUUGUUUUAAGUACCGAAUGUGUACCGAAUUUUUUAUUUCAUUUUUUUAGUCAAAUUGCCAUCUGAAAUUGUUUUCUGUUCACUGCCAGUGGAUUUUAUAUGUUUUUAAACAAGUCAAUAAUAAUUGUACUUGUUUGCCAAAGUUGUUUUCUUUUUUUUUUAAUCCUUAUUCAGAAUGAAUGAAUAUACUCCAACAGAACCUACCUAAGGAAUUCUCUCGCUUUACUGUAAGGCUGUGGCUUUAUAGAUAAUAAAUGUGCUUUAAUCAAUAGUUUGCUCCCACUGUAUAUACUUUUCCUCAGAUUUAGCUGAGUUUUGGUUGCAUACUACACCAAAUAUUUUAUUUUUGUCUUUGUGAAUCUUUAGAGAAUGCAUGCAGGAGCUGUGUAAGAGGAUAACCAUGAAUGCACACAUUUUGUAAAUAUGUAUUUAAAAAAAAAAAAAAAUGUUUACGUUUGUGUAAAACUUAACGAGACUGGCAAAGGCUAUGUAUGAAAACAUUAAAACAUCUGCAUGUU